AUGUUGGGUAGUCUUUUAAAGGCUAGUUCCUAUGGGAACAUAGCGACAAGUAAUGAGCCUAAAGUGCCCACUCCCACUUCUUAUGCUACUGCUACCACUGAUCCUGCUACGACGUCAGGUUCGUUAGUUGGGGGCAAUAGCUCUCAUCAUGAAGAUUUUUUGGUUGCACCCCCCAUGCUGGAUCAUGUACCUGAUGAUUUGAAAUACAAGUUAUUUGCAUCAAAAAAUAUUCCCUUUAGUUCGUUAUCUUCACCAUCAUGUGCCAUCUUUAGGAUUCUAGUAGCAGAAGAGACAGGUCGUAUGUGUCGUAAUAAUUACAAGGUGGUUAUGGAUUUCUCUACCGCAAAAGGUCAACAGAUGGAUCAAAUACGACCUAAUGAGUUAAAGGAGUACAUCUUUGGGUCACCCAUUAGAUCUGCGGAUUUGUCACAGGGGAACAAAUUUCGAACUAUACCAAAUUCUGGACUUGUUUUAAUUACUAGAGUUUUUUUCACGGAUGAUCCCAGUUGGAAUAAUCGGUUGACCGUAUCGCUUUGUGUGCCCACCGUUUUACUGCCCAUUAUUCCAGAAGCCUGGCAACACAUUACGCGUUGGUUAGACCAAUGUCAAAGUAUUGUAUUGGAUAUUUGGAGUAAAUCCAAGAGUGUUAAAUGUAAAAAUUAUCAAGAUGGUGUCCUUCCAAGUAAUUUAAACGUUCAUUUCCGCUAUGAAUGUGAUACAAUUGUACAACUGUUACAGGGUAAAUUGAUACCUUGCUUACGGUCUUUUAUGGAAAUACCUAGAAUGUUUCUUUACCCUCAAAACUAUCAAAAAUUUAUCAAGUCCUGGUUUAAGGACAUAUUUAGUUGGAUUGAAAUCAAGGACGGACCUAGAAUGAAUUUUCUACCAGCACUUUUGGGUAAAAUUAUUUGUGAUUUCAAGGAUUGUAUGAAUGAUUCUGAAACUACGAGGAUUGUAGUGAUUUCCGGUAACAUGGUUGUUGCUAAUAAAUUAUUGUUCAUAAUUUCAGGUUUACUGGAACCCAAAUAUAAGGGAAAGAUAAAAUUUAUGUCACAAUCAGAAUCAUCGGAUAACCUACCUCAACACAUGUUGCAUAACCCUCUCCCGAAGCGGGAUAGCUUCAAAAAGGGCCAUUAUAAUGGUAGUGGUAUUAAUUGUACUAAUAACAUUUUUACCUCUACAAACAAGGGUUGGGAAAUCCCGCGUAAUAAUAGUCGAAACAGUAUGGUGUCGGUAUCAUCAAACGAACAAUUGGCGGAAGUCAUUCAACCAUCAUCUUUGAAAAGUGGUAGUAAUUCAUUACAGUACUUAUCUUCAUCUCUAUCGAGCCACAACGGCCCUUCAUCCUAUGGUUCAUGGUUUAGUAAGAUUACAGGUAGUCAGGCUAGUCCCUCGCUAGCUCCGAAGAAUAUAGAUCAAUGGGAUAGAAUUUCAGCGCCUAUUGGUACACCUGGUAGUAUUACAAGCCAACAGCAUUUUGGCAGAGGUACGGGAAUGGGAUUAACACCUCAGCCUUCACCAUCAAUAAGUGAAUAUGAAGAAUUUCCUUGGAUGGGGACUCCAAGUUCACCAAGAGCCGGUAAUGAUAAUAAUAACAGCAGUAAUAAUACCCACUCAAUGAGAAGAUCGUCUUUCAAUGGAGCACCACUGGGCGAAAUUAAAAUUACCAGGGAUUGUCAAAGGAUAGAUCAGGGAGACGUGCUAGAUGAGGCGUUUACCAGGAUCUGUAAACCUGGAUUCGAAAUAAGUGAAGGUGAAUACGAAGUGAUACCAGGAGAUUCACGACAUGCUGCCUUCAUGCAGAUAGAUAUGAAUUCACAAAUUUUGAGACAGGGGAAACCGUUAGAAUUGUUACCACGAUACACAAAUUAUUUGGCAAAAUUCAACCAUUGGUUUAAAUUACAAGGUUUCCCCGUAGGCAGUGAAUCCGAAUCUCGAGUCAUUUAUACGAUGCGUAAGGAUUUGCAGGUCAGUGAUAGCUCAAGGACAUUGCUGGUAUCGCUAAGAUCAAGAGAGAUUAAGGAAAUCACGAUAAUGAGAAAUGAUUCUAAUGAGAGAACGAAUAACCGCCACGGGAUAGUACAAAAAACAAAGAAAAUUUUCAAUAACGGUAAAUGCGGGAACAUUUCCUCGAGACUCCUCAACUGUAUAGCAUUUGUCAACGCCAGUAUUCAAAGGGCGAUGGCACUCUACGACGAUGCUGAGCUACUGCAGGAACAGACAGAUCAUGACAUCUUGGACGUUUUCGAAUCUUUAUUGUGUUAUAACAAAAAUUCCUAG